CUUCUUUUCCAGAUGCUCUGUUGCUUAACGAGCCUGUCUAGGUUGGGAAUUUCUUAUGUCCAAAUGGAUUUUAUGCGAUUCCCUAUCUAGCAAAUUGCCUUUAGAGAAACUUAACUCAGUUUUAAUUUUCCUACUGGUAUGUAAUGUCAAAACUCAAAAGGGCUUCAAGACUCCUAAAUGCUACAGUUCUGAAGAAGCAGACUGAUUAUGCCGAUGAUGCAAUUGUCAUUCUGUUUGAAUGUGCCUGGGCUCUCACAAAUAUUGUUUCCGGGCCUUCCGAGUAUGUUGAAAUGGUGGUUAAGUCCGACGCUCUGCGUGGUUUAAUACGGCUACUCAGUUCUCCUAGUGAUGAUGUUCGCGAGCUGGCUGUAUUGGCAUUGGGAAACAUUGCCGGUGACUCCGACUCUCAUCGGGAUACUGUUUUGAUGGAGAAGGCUUUGGGUCCAUUGCUAAAACUGUUUAAUGGGCCUAGGCUUUCGAUGCUGAGAAUUGCGACUUUUACGCUGUUCAACUUAUGUCGCGGCAAACCUAGAGAUGUGCUUCCUGCCUUUCGAGUUCUCUCUAAACUUGUCUUUUCGGACGACAAGUAUGUGCUGCCCUAUGCUUGCUGGGCUCUUUCAUUUGUCUUUGACGGCACAAAAGAUCUUGUCAAUUCCUUUAUUGUUAAGGGUGUCUGCGCACGUCUUUUGGAGUUACUGGACCAACCGUUGCUUGACGUGCAAAUUCCUGCGCUUUGCAUCGUCAGGAAUGUUGUGAGAGGGAAUAAACAGUGUAUGAUUGACCAUGGGCUGCUAGAUCGUUUGCGGACGCUUUUGGUUGCUGACAAUGAAGUCCUCCAGAGAGAGGCCUGCCGUACCAUUUCUGAUAUCUCUCUGGAAAUAAGGCUCGGAGAGGGAUCAAGUCUGGUGUUGAUUGAUGCUAAUCUGAUAGAACCUUUAAUUUAUGUGUUAUCUGCACCUGGACACUCUGAGGGUUUAAGGAAAGUUGCUGGGCAGGCUGUUUUAGACGUAAUGGAAACAGGGUUAAGGGUUUGGAGGGGUUUAUAGUGCCAUUAUGUGAUCUACUUGAGACUAGCGAAUCUGUGAUUAUAAUCGAAUGUUGUUUAGAUGGGCUUGCAAAGUUAUGCAAGCCCAGUUGUGAGGAGAAGCGCCCUGGAGCGUACAAUUUUUUUGCAAGAUUGAUUGAUGAAGCUGGGGGAUUUGAUAUCGUGCAACACUUGAAGGACAAAAGUAAAGACCAAAAGAUACGUGAAAAAGCCUCGAAGGUGUGGGAGCCAAUGUAUAGGGAGGCAAGACAAAUGUAUAGAUAUGUCGAGGAGAUGGCGGAUCUCCUUAUUUGAUGAGUGGUAGAUUGGUCUUUUUCAGACUUGGGAUGGAAUGAAUAUGUUUAUUUUAUGCUUUACUUUUUGAUCGCUCCCUUAGAUUGGUGAUCUGAAUUAUUACAUACUAAUGUUGUGUACGGGUGGCUGAUUUUAGAUAUUUUAGUGCUUAAGUUUUAAUAUUAUUUGUUGCUCCACACAUUUGUGCUGCU